ACAGACCUUUUGAAGAACCUAGGCAUUCUGAUACUCGACGCUCCCCGGCCAGCCGACCCGGCGCCAGAGCUGGCGCCGAAGCUGGUGGGAAUGCUGUGUUGUCGGGGGGCAGAGAUGUGAGGAUUCAUGGUGUCGGCGUCUGGCCGGGCCCUAGUCGUAUAGUAAUUCUAUAUCCCGUCAAUAUUCCUUCCUUAUCCCUUCUGGUAUAUCCUGGUCAGUCGGUAUGCGGAAAUGGAAUGGAAUGGAAUGGUUGUUAUUGAUGUUGUGCGGCUGUCUGGGUUGUCAACUGGACACGACAGAUGACGAUGCUGAUACUGGCCAGGCUAGGCUAGUCUGCUUGAGGGCGGUAACUUGGCGGCCCGCGGUAGUAUCCAUCAUAUCGGCACAAAACGGCUGGGUCUUGAUUUAUAUAGUCUUUUUCAUAACACAUUCUUUUUCUUAUUAUCUUGCUAGAGAAUUGCUGGAUGGUUUUCAGAGGACGAUUGUGUGGCCACGUAUGGAGAGUUGGGGAGUUGUGUUGAUGCCAGCCUGGAGAGAGCAGUUAUUUGGGGCAGACACUGGUUACUAUCACGUUCAGACAGAACACCGCAUAAAGCAGGACAUGGAUAUGCAUCGACAUAAUCAUCACGCCGACACGACGUCAACGGUAGAUUGGAAUGAAAAUACGUCAUUGCCAGCAUGAAUAUUGAUGACGAACGAGAUCCAGACGAGUCAACAUAUUUCGAGAUUUCAAUGCUCGAGUCUGAUACGUAUUGACUCAGAUCAAUCAAAUCACGGGCUGCGUGGCAACAUUCUGACUUUCAGGCCCGACAUGCUAACCCUGCAUGCACUGUCAUCUCAAGACAUGCAGCAUUCCGG